AUGACCCUGAUAAAGCACGAACCUCUCGCCGCCGAGCCCGCUUUCAGUCCCGAGGAUAGCUACCAACAGCACCACCAACAAUGCACCGAGAACGAGAUAUUUCUCACCCUCCAGGCUCUGUACCCGUCGGUCUCGCCAGAGAGACUUCUUCCCUGGCUGGAAGAGUGCAUCUUGCAAUCCAGCCAGCUGCGGACUGGGGAGGGAGGAGCCAGGCGGUACGAAUGCGUUAUGUGCUUUGGCCUCCAAGUUGAUAGAGGGAAUCUAGUCCAAGCGGUGGCAGAUAACUACCGUAACUUACUUGAUGAUUUCAACCUUACCACGAAUAGUGCGUUGACUACGAGCAAACAUCAGAGCUUUGCCGACGGGGAAACAGAUUACAACCUCGGAAAUGUCAUAUUUCUGCUCUCGUUCCUGGCAGCCGAGCUCCCGUCUCAAUUGGUCUCCAAGAAGCCUAGACCCGAUCGCUGGAUCCCGAUGCAGAUUGCACUGUGGGUGAAUUCAUCCCUGACGUCGUCCUCUGGCUGUCCUACUUCUGCCCAUCCAGAGAGCUGCCCAGCCGGCUCAGCUUCUUCUGACAACCCUCUCCAUGGCAACCAUCUCACUUCGCUCCUCGCAUUCGGAAUCCUCCAUAUGUGUGGGGUUUUAGGGCUCGCAGGCUGGCGGUGGCUGUUCUUGCUCGAGGGUCUCAACAUCCUCCUCUUCAGACGAAGAUCUAGUUCCGUCCUAAAGGUUGGUUCACGGACCACGAGGUUAAUACGUAUCGUCGUCAACCGCGUCCUGCGCUACGACCCUUCCAAAGGCCCAAAGACGAUAUGCACAGCCGUCAAGCCAUCACGUCUCGUCGGCUCUGGACUCUGGAACGCCGCGCGCGACUACGGUAUCUGGCCGCUCUACGCCAUCGGCCUCGUCGCUUACAUUCGGCAAUCCCCGACCGCUACUUACAUCUCCUUGAAUCUCAAGUCCCUCGGCUUCAGUACCUUCAACGUCAACUUGCUUAGCAUACCCUAUAAUAAUGGCCAGAUGAUCGGUUGUUAA